AGUCUCCAUGGUAACCCGCCAUGGCAACAUAAGCCCCUGUCACCGUUUUCUACUAGUUAGCUAGCCGAGCAAUAACAUUGCACUUUAAAAGUAGCAAAGGUGAGAUAAAAAAUAUAUAUAUAAUAAGUCUAAAAUGAGUAUUUCCAUCACACGCACGAUUAACAAGAACAAUGAAGGCAAGGGAUUCAGAGCGCAGAGGGCGUUUGAUUAUCUUUACGAUCCAGUUUUCACCGUUUCAGCGGAGAUGGACCACGUCCGGGCGAGCUGUAGGGCUCAGGGGUCUGUGGCCUGCCUGAGGAAGGUUCCCGAGUUUAACUCAAUGUUCAGUAUUCUCCCACACCACCCAAGUUUCACACUCUGCUUGCAUACUGCUAAUCCCGUUCCUGCUUUCAUCAAUCGCCGCUGGAGAGGACAUGCUGAGCAGAAAAGAGAGACACUGCAAACACUAGCAGGGGUGCUGCCUGGUGUUCAGCUGUACAAACCCAAACCUGAGGACAUCUCUGGAGCAGAUCGCUGGAAGUAUUUUAAACGUCCACUCAUCCCCUUUGCUCAACAGAUCCCACCCGAUGUUAUUUUUGCGUUACCCAGAAGUGACCCCCACAGUGCCCAGCAAGAAGACUCUGAGUGGAUGGAAAGCUCUUUCCAGCGCACAGUGGGGGUUCAGACAGACUACCGCGACAGCGAGACUCAGACUGAUCCUUACAGCCCUGAAUAUAUAUUACAUCCAGGAGCAGUGAUUCCAGAAAUCCUCACUCUGGUCCCAUUCUCUUGGGGUCAUGGGCUUCCUGCUGGCCUGGACGAGGUGGAGAUGAUCGAAAGAGCGAGGAAAAAGAGGGCCUGGGAGGCCACACUACCACCUCUGAAUGAUCUCACUCAGCUGGACAAGAGGAAUAGGAUGAUGGAUGAGAUGGAGAGGAAGGAGUGGGCUUUCAGAGAGCAGGAAAUCGAGAAGCUACAAGAGGCUCGUUUGGCUCUUCUCAUGCGGGUUUUACAGGAGAGAAAAUCACAGCAGGACAAGGUCACAGUGCAGAAGCUGGAUAAGUAUUUUUCUCAGCGGCAGAGAGAGAAAGAAGAAAGAAUCCAGAAAAUACGCAAAAACUAUGCACUCUCUUUGCGGAAACUUAUGGCAAAUAAGAAGACUAUUGAAGGGAAGUUGAUGAAACGGGAUAUUAUCAAUGAGCACGUGGAUUACAGCUCUCAGACGUACGCUCCACUCUCCCGCCACGGAGUCUUCCCUGAUCGACACUCACAACGAGACGUCAUCAAGAGCCACUUCCUCGACACCUACCAAGGUCUGUUGGAACUGGAGGCAGAUCUUCCACCUUCGGUCCUGGAGCCACAAAUAAAAGUCCCAAGGCCGAAAAAAAACAAAGGCUUCAUCAGUCGCUCAGACCGCAGGGAAAUUGAGUUAAUGAAGACUCACCAGGCACUGAAAGACAAGAAGGUCCAGGUGGAAAAGAAACCCCUACGCUUCCUAUAUAGGAUUGAGAGACCAGUCCCUCGUCCCCCAACGCCUGUGGUGGAUGUGCCUCCUGAGGGAGACGAGGAAAAGGAGCUUGCGGUCAUUUUCCUACAGAAGCUGCUCAGAGGCAGAUCCAUCCAGAACCAGAUGUUGGAAGGCAUAGAGAAGCAACUGGAGCUGAUCCAGGAGCUGCGCACCACACACACCCUGCAGCGGGAGGAGCAACAACUGCAGAGAGCAGAUAAACAGGUCACACUGGCCCUGCAAAAACAGAGAGAGAUUUGUGAGAGCAGGAUGUCUCAGUUACAGAGCUCUGUAGACGGCCUUUCAGGUGAGGUGAUUGGCGACAUGCUGGACUUCCUGUCGAAGGAGCUGGUUCGCCUGCAGGAGGAAAGAAGGAUCCAUGCUUUCAUGUUACUGGCAGAAAGAGACCGCCGCCUUCGUGAGGCUGAAGAGAGUGGGCGGAGACAGGUGGAAGAGCGGAGACGGAGAGAGGAGGACGAGAUCUUUAGACAGGUGAUGAAGGUGCACCAGGCCACUGUGGAUCUAUACCUGGAGGAUGUGAUCGUGGACAACAUCAAUCAAACGGCCGAGGCUCAGGCCAGAGAAGAGAUCCACCACAUGGCAGAGGAGCUCAACAACAUCACUUAUGCCAUGGAAGAAAUGAGGAACAACAUGCAGUCAGAGGAGAUUGUAGCUCAACUUGUCUACGGCUUCCUCAUUCCUGACGUACACAAGGUCACUGCCCGUGAAAGAGAUGGUCAGUCCAGACCUGUCUAUCCCCAGCCUCAAGAUUCAGCUCCUUCUGGAGGAUCCCCAGAUGUUCCCAAGCCAACUAUGACACAUAAUCUCACUAGCAGGUCCUGGACCUGAUUCAGCUCUGUAAGAAUAAGAUCCCUACUAAACGAACUAAACUGCUCUACCAGAGGCAAGUUCUCUCCCUUAACCUGAAGAAAGCAUCCCACACUUUUCCCGAAGGGAACCAUGGCCUCUGACUUGGAGAUGCUCAUUUUCAUCUCACCCACUUCACUCUCAACAGCAAAAUAUUCGAGUGCAUGCCAGAGGCCCACUUCGAAUG